GAAGAUGAUGACGUAGUUCCGGACAACGGCGAUCCGGCGAUUGGGCAAUCAGACACCGCCCGAGUCUCGGCAGAUCUUGACUCUUCACCAAGCUUCACUUCUGUAAAGCAUCAUGGCCGAAUCAGUGAACCCUCCAUUGUCCUACGAGGCAUCUGCGACAACCACUCACCCUCAUGUCGCUACUUCCCUCCCAUCCGAGGUGAUCUCAUGCCUCAAGAACUCCCGCUUCCUUCAUCUCGCAACAUGCGAUGA